UGUCUCAUAUAGGCUAAAGUACUGCUGUCACGUUGAAUAUUCACUGAGAGGGAAUCAUAUGAAAUAAUGUGCUAAUUUCCUCUCUGCGGAGAAAGCGUGCCGUUUAAUGUGGCUCCAGGUAGUGCGAACACCCAAAUUAUGCCACUGUGGAGAGUGAGAAAACUGUGAUUGUAAUCGCAGACAUAGGCGGAGGGAAUCGCCGUGGUGAUUAUUAUUUUUAUGGACGCGCCCGGUGUGUAUGUUUGCGCGUGUCAGUCGUGUAACACAAUCAUGUUACAGAGCUCGUAAAUCGAGAGGAGCGCCAGUGCAUCAACUACAUCGAUGUAUUGAUCUACCCUCAUGCCGCUAGAAAGGACGCUCAAUUUGUAUGCAAACACAACGUGCCGCUGUAGAUAGAGGAGCGUCAAGAGAACAGAAGCAAGCAAGCAAUUACAUAUUUGCUUGACAACUAUUGCUGACAACUCACGAAGAUUACCGACAAGGACUAAAUACUUGCUUUUGAAAGUGGAUGAGACUGUCUGCCUGUCAUUCCCGUAGGACCGCAAUAAGUACAGGAGAGACCCGGGAGACAGCGGGCGCCAUGAGGCGGCGAGGAGGGCUUGAGAGAGAGGAGACAUCGUCCUUCAUCAUCCACAGCAUCGGGCAGUGCAGGAAGUGCACACACUCACCACAGAGACGGUCUAGCAAGACACAGGUUAACUGCACCCGAAUCUGACUGAGAGAAACCGGAGAGAGUGGCUUCAACAUCCAUUUUUCCUCAAUGGGCUCAAACUGGAUGGGACCAGACUUGGAAGUGCCGAUGUCCAAGUUACCACACCGUUCUAUAUUGGACCCUCCUUGUUAGACCUUUCGAAAUAACUCGCCCACCGCUGUGAGGCUUAGAACUGAGGGGCAGAGAGAGAAAAAGCGAGAAGGAGAGUGAUAGAGGAAGAGAACGAGAGGCACUCUGGGCCCCAUGCAGGCACGUAAGAAGUAUGUCCUGCUGGGGCUGUGUGCUUGCUGUUGGCUGCUGCUCUUCUACUGGGGCGGCGGGGUCCAGGUCCGUCUUUUCAAGCUGCUGGGGCGGCCGAGGGGUGAGGUGGUGCGUCCCUGGCCCAACUGGACUGACCGGGCCUUCCUGCCGGGUUAUGCCCAGCUGGAGGAACUCCAGACGGGGCCGGGUUCCGCUGAGUCCCCCCACCAGCGUCACCAAGCCUGGACGGGCAUCUAUAAAGACAGUCGCUGCCGCAUGGAGACCUGCUUCGACUUUACGAGAUGUCGACGUAGAGGGCGGGACGGGUUUAGAGUAUACGUCUACCCGUCGGAGAAGGGCGAGCGCGUAUCGGAGAGCUAUCGUAAGAUACUGAUGUCUAUAGGCGAGUCGCGGUACUACACCACGGACCCUCUCGAGGCGUGUCUGUUCGUUUUGGGGAUUGACACUCUGGACCGAGACCAGCUCUCGGGGCAGUUCGUGCCCAACCUGGACGAUCGUAUCAAAGGUUACCCGCUCUGGAACGAGGGACGGAACCACCUUGUCUUUAAUCUGUACUCGGGGACCUGGCCCAACUACAACGAGGACCUGGGCUUCAAUAUUGGCCAGGCCAUCCUGGCUAAAGCCAGCCUCAACACGGAACACUUCAGGCCCGGGUUCGACGUCUCCAUCCCCCUGUUCUCCAAGGAGCACCCCCAGAAGGGGGGCGAGAGGGGCUGGUUGGUGCGAAACACAGUGCCCCCACGCAGGAAGUACCUGUUGAUGUUCAAAGGGAAGCGGUAUCUAACGGGCAUUGGGUCGGACACCCGUAACGCCCUGCAUCACAUCCAUAACGGGAAGGACAUCGUGUCCCUCACCACAUGCCGUCACGGGAAGGACUGGGAGAAACACAAAGAUGCCCGCUGUGACCAUGACAACCUGGAGUAUGAGAAGUUUGAUUACCAAGAGCUGCUCCACAACUCCACCUUUUGCAUGGUUCCUCGGGGGCGUCGCCUGGGCUCCUUUCGCUUCCUAGAGUCUCUACAGGCGGCGUGUAUUCCAGUGUUGCUCAGUAAUGGUUGGGAGCUGCCCUUCUCUGAUGUCAUCCAGUGGAACCAGGCUGUCAUAGAAGGAGAUGAACGAUUGCUACUGCAGGUCCCGUCUACAGUGCGCGCGGUGGGAAAUGAGUGGGUCCUGGCUCUGAGGCAGCGCACUCAGAUGCUGUGGGAGGCUUACUUCUCCUCCGUGGACAAGAUAGUCCUCACCACACUGGAGAUAAUCAAAGACCGGGUGUUCUCCCACAUCUCCAGAAAUAAGUACAUGUGGAACGCCUUACCAGGAGGCCUGCUCGUCCUGCCAGAGUACUCCACACACUUGGCCCACUUCCCCUUCUACUACCUGAGCUUAGGGGUCAGUCCAGGUCAAGAGUUCACCGCCAUCAUCCAUGCAGUCUCUCCGUUGGUCUCCCAGUCUCAGCCAAUCAUGAAGCUGCUUCAGGUGGUCUCCAAGUCCAAAUACUGUUCACAGAUCAUCAUCCUGUGGAACAGUGAGAAGCCACCGCCCCACAGGAGUAAAUGGCCACCCAUGCCUGUCCCCCUCACUGUGACAGACGGUAGGAGGAAGACGAGCAGUCGUUUCCUCCCCAACGUGGCCAUAGAGACAGAGGCAGUACUGAGUCUGGAUGAAGAUACAGUCCUGCUGACUAGUGAGGUGAACUUUGCCUUCUUGGUGUGGAGGAGUUUUCCUGAGCGUAUCGUGGGCUACCCCCCUAGGAGUCACUUCUGGGACCCGGUGAAGCAUGCGUGGGGGUACACCUCCAAGUGGACUAACGAAUACUCCAUCGUUCUGACGGGAGCAGCCUUCUACCACAGGUACUAUCACUACCUGUUCUCCCACUACCUGCCCCCCUCACUGCGGGCGCUGGUGGACCGCACUUCCAACUGUGAGGACAUCCUCAUGAACUUCCUGGUUUCCUCCAUCACCCACCUGCCACCAAUCAAAGUGGCCCAGAGGAAGCAGUACAAGGAGCUGCCCAGCCCACAGGUGAGGCAACACCCAUCGAUGGUGAAUUUGACCAAUGAGCUGCCCAGCAUACAGGGUACGAAGAUGAGCACUCCGUGGGCCAACCCAGAGCACUUUACCCAGAGACAGGAGUGUGUGAACAGCUUUGCCAGAUGGUUCGGCUACAUGCCCCUGGUCCACUCCCAGUUCCGCCUGGACCCCUUGCUCUUCAAGGACCAGGUGUCUGUCCUGCGCAAGAAGUACAAGGACCUGGAACGUGCAUGACAGGGACCGAGACAGAAACACUGUGUGGAGGCCUGGUCUGGUAGUUAAAUGUAGACAGAGCCUGGUGAUAAAAGGAGGGAGGGGCCUAAAGCUAAGAGAGACUCCGCCUCCAGGGGUCUGAGACAACAGGCUAUUGGAGGAGUAAACAUAUGGACGAAGCCUUAUGUCCUCGGUGAAUGAACACUUGAAGAUGCCACUCACUCCCAUUGCUGUUUGAAUGGAGUGGAACUUCAUAUCAAAGGAAGGCGCCAAGUGGACAGUUAAUGGUGCAGUGCACUCCAGCUGGUGUAUUUCUACAGUAUACCAGCAAGUUGAGAAUGUCGCACAGCGAUUGGUUCAUUUCACGUAACUAUAAGACCAAUAAAAACAGUGCAAACGGCAGAUUUCAGAACAUGUAGACUUCUGACAUCACAGAGCAUCACUUCAACUGCAUUCACCAGACCCUUAAAAGUAUCCAAGGCAAAGCAGACAUUUCUCACAGCGUAUUUAUUUUGUAGAAAAAGACUCAGUAACCUAUUGCUUGUGCUUUCUCCGAGAUCAUGCGCAGUGUACAAAAAUAGAUUCACACAUCCUCAGCAGUCGGCAUGCAAGGUUCUUAACCCUUAAGGUAAGCAGGGGGGUGUUGCCCAGCACUCAGGAAGCUAACCUCAAGAAUAAUGCUAAAACACACAAACACCUGAGAUAAAUAGCUGCCAGUGGCGAUGAGAUCCUAUUGUCUUCAACUCAGCUUACAGGUGACAGUCACUAGUUGGGACAAAGCUAGAGCAGUCUUUUGUGCACUGAGUAAAAUUCACAACACUGAAUUCAAGUUUAUUUAGCUGGUCCUGAGUCAGUGCUUACCACUCAAAAAAAGGCAGGAAAUUCACCUGAGGCUUGGCAAGUCUGAACUCAUAAUAUCAGAGUUAAAAAAAAGAAAAAAAGAUACUGACAGUACAAAACAUUUGUAGUAAACUCAGUUCAUUCAAUGUCUCUGAAAGCACCAUACUGUAAAGGUAGAUCACCAAAAGCUUCUAGCAGUCUGUCUCACACAAGUACAACAAUGGUUGGAGGUACUAGGGCCAAGAGUUUUCUGGGUCAGGAAAAACCCAUGGCCCCUAGUUGGAGGGCAUUGUGAAGUGCAGUGAGGGAGAGUUCAUCUGUGAUAUCAUUUCCUGAGUGUCAGCAUUGCGUUGACGUCCCAUAACAGGUUCCUCAUCUGGUCCAUCAGAAUCUUCAUCUCCUGGUUUUUCUGCCUCAUCUUCUGUGAGAGGGACCAUGACACACCGAACCCAAUCAGAUUCAAGGAAAUGUAACAUCUCUGUACUAACUAUUCGUUGUCAUCCAACAAACGAUAUUGAAUCAGUGACAUACAGACGAAGUGUACACGUCACAAACCUCCAGCACUUCCUGUCUCUCCUGGCUUACAGCCGGACUGCAGGGCUCCACUCUCACAGGGGCCAUCUCCUCCCUUACAUAUGGCACCAGCUGGAAAGACAGUGUGUGAUACACUAAGUUCAUCACAUCAUUGGCACACAUAAACCAACUACAGGACAAUAUACUGUCAAAGGUGACAAAGUACAGACAGAAAAACAAGUAGAGCUUGUGUAUAGCCAGAAAGACAAACACUAGAGGGCCGACCCGAAUCGUACUGUGCUGGCUCAGAUAUUUUAUUUUUCACAUGAUCCAUACCAGCAUAGUUCCAGCAACUAUGGUGAAUGCAUAACCAAGCCAGCCAGCCCAGUACUGCUUGGAUAGACUCAGUAGAGCGAAAGGUCAAUGGAAUAUAUAUAUAUUUUUUUUUUUACAUCGAUUUAGUUGAGCCCUACCUCUGAAGGUUCUUCCUGCAGGUCAGAGGUCAUCUCAACACAGCGCUCGUAGAGAAGGCGGAGCUUGCGAAAAAGCAGGGCCAGCUGACGGAGGUGCUCCUGGAGUUUCCCGAAACGGUCCUGAUACACAGCCUGGCUCUGGGUUACCCCGUUAGGCAACUGAUAGAUGGGGAAAGAGGGAGGACAACCACAGAAUUACACUAAAUAGUGUGUAUCUUUUUGAACGGCAGUGUGUGUAGGUAUGUUGGUAAUACAUACACACUCAAAAGUUUGGAGUCACUUACGUUACCAUGUUUUUGAAAGAAAAGCACUGUGCCCAUUAAAAUAACAUAAAGUUAGUCAGUAAUACAAUGUAGAUAUUGAUAAUGUUGUAAAUUACUUUUGUUGCUGGAAAUGGCUGAUAUUUAAUGGAAUAUCUACAUAGGCGUACAGAGGCCCAUUAUCAGCAACCAACACUCCUGUGUUCCAAUGGCAUAUUGCAUUAGCCAAUCCAAGUUUAUCAUUUUAAAAAGGCUAAAUGAUCAUUAGAAAACCCAUUUUCAAUUAUGUUAGCAUAGCUGAAAACGGUUGUCCUGAUUAAAGAAGCAAUAAAACUUCUUUAGACUAGUUGAGUAUCUGGAGUAUCGGCAUUUGUGGGUUCGAUUACAGGCUCACAACAGUCAGAACCGAAUAACUGUCUUUUGAAACUCGUCAGGCUAUUCCAUGUGAGAAAUUGCCAAGAAACUGAAGAUCUUGACCAACGCUGUAUACUACUCCCUUCACAGAACAGCGCAAACUGACUAACCAGAAUAGAAAGAGGAGUGAGAGGCCCCGGUGCACAACUGAGCAAGAGGGCAAGUAUUAGAGUGUCUAGUUUGAGAAGCAGAAGCCUCAAGUCCUCAACUGGCAGCUUCAUUAAAUAGUACCCACAAUGCUGGCCUUCUAGGCAGAGUUGCAAAGAAAAAGCCAUAUCUCAGACUGGCCAAUAAAAAGAAAAGAUUAAGAUGAGCAAAAGAACACAUACACUGGACAGAGGAAAAGUUAUGGACAGACAAAUCUAAGUUUGAGGUGUUCAGAUCAAAGAACAUUAGUGAGAUGCAGGAAAAAUAAAAAGAUGCUGGAGGAGUGCUUGACGCCAUCUGUCAAGCAUGGUGGAGGCAAUGUGAUGGUCUGGGGGUGCUUUGGUGGUGGUAAAGUGGGAGAUUUGUACAGGGUAAAGGGGAUCUUGAUGGCUAUCACUCCACUUUGCAACGACAUGCCCUGUGGAUGGCACUUAAUUGGAGCCAAUUUCCUCCUACAACAGAACAAUGACCCAAAGCAUAGCUCCAACCUAUGCAAGAACUAUUUAGGGAAAACCGUAUGGUACGUAAGAAGUGCCCAUCAAGCCAAUCUCAACAAAUUGACAACUAGAAUGCCAAAGGUCUGCAAGGCUGUAAUUGCUGCAAAUGGAGGAUUCUUUGACGAAGGCAAAGUUUGAAGGACACAAUUAUUAUUUCAAUUAAAAAUCAUUAUAACCUUGUCAACGUCUUGACUAUAUUUCCUAUUAAUUUUUCAACUGAUUUCAUGUAUGUUUUCAUGGAAAACCAGGACAUUUCUAAGUGACCCCAAACUUUUGAAUGGUAGUGUGUGUGAAAAUAUCUUUUUGAACACACCUAUACAUUCAAGGGUUUCUUUAUUUGUAUUAUUUUCUACAUUGUAAAAUAAUAGUUAAGACAUCAAAACUAUGAAAUAACACAGAAUCAUGUACUAACCAAGAAAGUUAAAACAAAUACAUAUUUUAUAUUGUUCAAAGUAGCCACCCUUUGCCUUGACAGCUUUGCACACUCUUGGCAUUCUGUAAACCAGUUUCACCUGGAAUGCUUUUCCGACAGUCUUGAAGGGCCUUUAUGCUGAGCAUUGUUGGCUGCUUUUCCUUCACUCUGCGGUCCAACUCAUCCCAAACCAUCUCAAUUGGUUUGAGGUUGGGUGAUUGUGGAUGCCAGGUCAUCUGAUGCAGCACUCCAUCACUCUCCUUCUUGGUCAAAUAGCCCUUACACAGCCUGGAGGUGUGUUGGGUCAUUGUCCUGUUGAAAAACAAAUGACAGUCCCACUUAGCGCAAACCAGAAUGCUGUCAAAACCAUGCUGGUUAAGUGUGCAUUGAAUUCUAAAUAAAUGAGUGUCAGCAGCAAAGCAGCCCCCACACCAUCCCACCACCUCCUCCAUGCUUCACGGUGGGAACAACACAUGCGGAGAUCAUCCGUUCACCUUCUCUGCGUCUCACAAAGACAUGGCAGUUGGAACAAAAAGUCUCAUUUGGACUCAGACCAAAGGACAGAUUUCCACCGGUCCAAUUUCCAUUGCUCGUGUUUCUUGGCCCAAGCAAGUCUCUUAUUAUUGGUGUCCUUUAGUAGUGGUUUCUUUGCAGCAAUUCGACCAUGAAGGCCUGAUUCACAGUCUCCUCUGAACAGUUGAUGUUAAGAUGUGUCUGUUCCUUGAACUCUGAAGCAUUUAUUUGAGCUGCAAUUUCUGAGGCUGGUAAUUCUAAGGAACUUAUUCUCUGCAGCAGAGGUAACUUGGUCUUCCUUUCCUGUGGUGGUCCUCAUGAGAGCCAGUUCCAUCGUAGCGCUUGGUUUUAUCGACUGCAUUUGAAGAAACUUUCAAAGUUCUUGAAAUGUUCCACAUUGACUGACCUUCAUGUCUUAAAGUAAUGACUGUCGUUUUGCAUUGUUUUCUGAGCUGUUCUUGCUAUAAUAUGGACAUGGUAUUUUACCAAAUAGGGCUAUCUUCUGUAUACCACCCCUACCUUGUCACAACACAACUGAUUGGCCCAAACGCAUUAAGAACAAAAUAAAUUCCACAAAUGUACUUUUAACAAGGAAAUUACAACACGUGUAAUUGAAAUGCAUUCCAGGUAACUACCUCAUGAAGCUGGUUGAGAGAAUGCCAAGUGUGUGCAAAACUGUCAUCAAGGCAAAGGAUGGCUACUUUGAAGAAUCUCAAAUAUAAAGUAUAUUUUUGGGGUUAAUACAUGAUUUCAUAGUUUAGAUGUCUUCACUAUUAUUCUACAAUGUAGAAAAUAGUAAAAAUAAAGAAAAACCCUUGAAUGAGUAGGUGUGUCCAAACUUUUGACUGGUACUGCAUUAUUUAUUUUUAUAUAUAACAGUAUUAUUUUGAAUCUCUAUGGGGGGGGGGACACGAUGAGACUGCACAUUCUUUAACUAACCUUAAUUUCAUCAGGUGAAAUAUUUCUCCCCAAACCCCCAUAACAGCAGACAUUUAAAUGAGACACGGAUUUGAAAACAUAUGAUGUGAAAGCAUAAUGUAUAAAAUUAAUGUGUCGAACCUUUGGGAAA